AUGGCGGUAGACGAGGACCUGGGUGCUUACGAGAGACACUUUGAAAGUCAAGCCAAGAGACAAGGUAUCGACCCCAAGGACUGGUCGCUUCUGCGGACGGACAAGAUGAGUGGCCACUUGAAGAUUUUCCUAGUUGAGACGGGACUGAACUUGCACAAUGACUUCGAGGAUUGUCAUAGCAAUAGUAGUAGCGGUUUUACUUGGAGAAAUAGGUCAGAUAAAAGAGCCGUUGUGGAGUAUGGAAACAACAAAAGACCUUAUUGGUGCUACAAGUGCAAUGAACAAGGUCACAUUGCCAAAGAGUGCAGUAUGUAUUUAGAUACAGGCGCCUGUUAUAGCUGUAGAAAGCCAGCCCACAUACAACGAAACUGUCCCAACGGGACCAGUAGGGCGAGCAACUGGCGUACUGAAAAUGUACAUCGACGGUUAGAUGAUCUCAAGUGUUAUUGCUGCGGUGGUUUUGGUCUCAUAUCAAGGGCGUGUCCCACAGCUCAGCGUGAUAUGUUAGGAAUUUUCUCCCUGCUUAAAGACUCGCAUAUGAGAGUGAGGUAA